AUGGACCCCUCGGAAUAUUGUCGCUUCAGUUACGAACCAUUCAACAUCUCCAUCUCAGUGCAAGAGAUGAGCGGUUUCAUUGAGGAGUUCAUCCACUUUUACAUGCACAAGAUAGACCACCUGAAAUACUUGCAGGUCCAUUGGAGGGCUAUCAACUUAUGAAAAUAUAUAUUAUAUAUUUUCCAUACAUGUUUGUGAUGGACUGCUGAGGUCAGAGACCAUCAUAAGGGGACCGAGAGAGGCGCUUCUCUAUAGCCCACGUGUGGGAGAGGCUCUGUGGGCAGCUGCCUUCUCCACCAUCCUUCGUCCCUGGUGCCUUGGUCAAGUCAACUGACUAAAUGAGCUUCACUGAGAGACUGUGAAACUUCCUUAUCCAUGCGUCCCAGGACAUGAUGGCAUAUGGUUAUUGGCUAGACAUAGACACCUACUACAGUGAGAUUCGAGCAAAGCCAUCAACCUAUUGUGAGAUGAUAGGCCAAGCUGACUUGUGGCUGAUCCGGACGUACCAGGACUUUGGCUACCCUCAUCCUUUCCUCCCUAACUUCAAGUUUGUGGGGGGAAUCCUCUGCAAGCCUGUCAAGCCAUUACCAGAGGACAUAGAGGAGUUUGUGCAGAGCUCUGGAGAUGACGGCAUCCUAGUGUUUAUCCUGGGGUCCAUGAUCAAGAACCUCACCACAGAGAAGUGGAACAUGAUCACCUCAGCUCUGGGACAGAACCCCCAGAAGGUCCUGUGGAGGCUCAGCAGGGAGAAGCCUGAGACCCUGGCCCCACAACACCAGUCUUCGAUUGGAACCCCCAGAACGACCUGCUGA